GAAUAACAUGCUGAAAUAAUCCAGCACCUGUAUGACACGCACUGUUAGUCCAGACAGCCCCCUUGUCCGUCAAUCCUACCUCGCUCUAUAACCGGGAGCCAAACCGGGGGUUGGUGGAGAGGGGAAAUAAUCACGCGCUCCGGUUACGCGAGAGAUGCGCACGCCACCCUGCACGCUCACCCUCACACGUUAAGCUGUUUUGCACAGAAACGGGUGCGCUGAUUUGGUUUAGGGGGUUGAGGGUCUCGGAAGAGCGCAGGACGUAGUUUGGAGACAUGAAGGACCGCACGCACGAGCUAAAGCAUGGUAAGGACACUGAAGAAGAGGAGGAGGUGGCAGUGGGCAUGGAGAAAGGCUUCAUGGAUGAGUUCUUUGAACAGGUGGAAGAGAUACGCGGCUACAUCGAAUCGCUGGCUGAGAAGGUAGAGGAGGUAAAGCGGAAACACAGCGCCAUCCUUGCCUCACCAAAUCCGGAUGAAAAAACGAAAGCAGAACUCGAGGACCUGAUGACAGACAUUAAGAAGCUGGCUAACAAAGUGCGCUCUAAGUUAAAGAGUAUCCAGCAGACCAUCGAGCAGGAGGAAGGACAGAACAGGUCUUCAGCUGAUUUGAGGAUACGGAAGACACAACACUCCACUCUGUCACGUAAAUUUGUGGAGGUGAUGUCAGAGUACAACGCCACGCAAUCGAGUUACAGGGAGCGCUGCAAGGGCCGGAUCCAGAGACAGUUGGAGAUUACUGGAAGAAACACGACAAACGAGGAGCUGGAAAGCAUGCUGGAAAGUGACAACCCAGCAAUCUUCACUUCGGGGAUCAUCAUGGACUCCAACAUCACCCAGCAGGCCAUGAAUGAGAUCGAAACCCGGCACAAUGAGAUCAUCAAACUGGAGAACAGCAUCCGCGAGCUGCACGACAUGUUCAUGGACAUGGCCAUGCUGGUAGAGAGUCAGGGUGGGCUCAUGAACAACAUUGAAUCGAAUGUACGUGACGCCCAGGAAUAUGUGGAAAGAGCCAAAGAAAACACUAAAGCUGCUAUUAAAGUGCAAAAAACAAGCAAGGUGAAGUUGAUCCUGUUAGGUGUGUGUGUGGCAUUUUGUCUGCUCAUCCUCAUCAUCUCUCUCGCCGUUGGACUCAGCUGACGCGCUCACAAGCCGCAGUGUGUACCGGAAAGUCAACUUUACUCAAAGUGUUACUCAACCACACACUACAAGAAGCCAGGAUGGGUUUCUCUGUCUGUUCAGAAUCACAAGACAGUGGGUUUGGAUAAUGAGUCAAAUCAUAGACCAGGUUCAUUGUAAUUAGUUUGUUAGCAUUAUUCUCUAUAGUUUGGGUUCAUGCGAUAGCCUUUUAACACUAUGUAUAAAGACACAAAGCUAUUUUUACUAAACCGAAAUGGCAAUUAUUUUUUUAAAGAGACUAUUUAACAUUUUAACACCAUCACAGGACAUUUUUAAAGUAGUAGAGAUAUUGUCUGUUGAAAAAGACAGGACUCUUUGAGCUCAUGUGUACAACUACCUCACUCCUUUCUCUCAUUUUUGUGUGUGUGUAUAUGUGUGUGUUUGUGUGUGUGUGUCAUUAUGCCUGCUCUUUACCUGCAUGCACUUCAAGACUGUCUAAUGUUUGUGACACGUGCCUUUCGGUCUAAUCCAGUUUUUGACAUGGCCUCAUUGACUUCCUCUAAUAAUCUGCUUGUGCUCUACAAGAAUGAAUAGACUUGGACCACAACAUGUCUCCAGUGUUGAAGAGAAACGUAAAAUGGAUGGAUGCAUGGACCCUGAACUAUCUCUUAUAUCUCCAUAUAUCUUUUAGCCAUUAUAAUGUAGAAGCUUUCAGAACAGAAACAAAAGGGGGAAAAACAUCCCUAUUGGCUAAUCCUGUUUCUCAUUGCAGAAGCUGGUGUGCAAUAUAAAGUGAUCUCAGAAACAUGCUGAUGUGAUGUGGUGAUUGUGUAGAACACAACACGUUACAGAUGAUGUGAGGGCUACAACAUGAUGAGUGAGAAAACAAUGAAGUUCAGAAAGAAAAAGAAAGCUCGGCGUCGAUGAACAGGAAAAACAUGAAAAUGAGAGAAAAAUAGAAAAAAAACAGAUUUCAAUGAAUAGCUCAAUUAGCUUUUUUAUCAGAGCUCUAAGGGUUUGUCUAAAGAACCUCAAGGAUGAAGGAGAAAAGACAAAGGACGAGGAACUGUGGGUUAAAAGCAGCAUUACCACAGCUAUUAUCUUCUGCGAAGAUGGCAGUAUCUUCCUUCUGGUGCAUUAUUUAUUCUUGGUGCAAGUCAUACAUGGAUUUCUGACACCCCCAUGUGGUGAGUGUGUGUAGGGUGGUGUGUGUGUUGUGUGUGUAUAUUCAUCUGCUGCAUGCUUUUCUUUGCUUUAGUGUCACUAUGUGAAUGUACCGUAAGGCUCACUUCUGUUUUCAGCGUCAUCAUUGAGCAGAAACUUUUAUGGUCUGUCUAAUAAUAAAGGUUAAUGUCACAAAAUGA